AUGACAAACUCGACGGGAACACUGGAUCUAAAGAGCUUUGCACAAUAUGGUUAGUACCUGAGUUUUCUGUGCUCAAUAUCUUCUCUGUUUCUGUCUUAAUCUCAAAAGCCUCCUAAAUUGUUUUAUGUUUCGACUUAUGAUCGAAUAAAUCAUUGUUGAGGUAUACUGACUAAAAGCACCUGUAGAUCAACUGGUUCAAGCAUGUCUUGGAACCGGAGCAAAAUGCAUCAUCGACAUCCACAACUACGCCCGCUUCAACAACAAGAUAAUAGGCCAGGGAGGCCCAAGCAACGAAGCAUUCGCAAACCUCUGGUCCCAAAUCGCCACAAAGGUACCAAAUUAUCCUCCCUCAUUCUUAAUUAUCAAAUAACCAUUCCCUAGUACGCAACCCAAGAAAAUAUAAUCUUCGGCAUCAUGAACGAACCCCACGACAUCCCCGACCUAAAUAUCUGGACAACAACAGUCCAAGCAGCCGUAACAGCGAUCCGCAAAGCAGGAGCAACCACCCAAAUGAUUCUAAUACCCGGAAACGACUUCUCCGGUGCGCAAACCUUUGUUAGUAAUGGCUCUGCAGGGAACUUGAGCACGUAG